AUGACCUGCAAAUUUGGCUAUUUGGGCUUUUUAGAAAUCAAUCCAGAUUGGCAAAAACUCAAUGAGUCGUACAGAACUAAUAGCUCCGUAAAGUCGUUUGUUAAUCUUAAACAAUACUAUGAUCGUCUUAUAACCUUACCAUCAGUUCGGAAACUUAGAACAGAAAUCUAUGAAUCACGGCUCCAGCCAAAAAGCGUUUCAGUUAACUCAGAACCAUCUAGUAAUGCUGUUGGUAAAACUCAUGCAUCUGAUAUGUUAUUUGAAAAGGGAGGAAAGUUCGGUGAACUCCCUGGUGCGAAAGCUGGGGAAGUAGUUGUUCGUUUUCCUCCGGAAGCCAGUGGAUUUUUACAUAUUGGACAUGCUAAAGCAGCGCUUCUAAAUCAACACUAUAGAGAUAUUUUCAAAGGUCGUUUGAUAUUACGUUUUUGA